UUCCACCGCCCUGCUCAGUGGUUAUUAAGUUAGGGAAGUUGCAGUCAUGGGAGCUCUCUCUCCCGCGCCUCAUUGGCUUCCUCAUGACGACUAUGUACUAAAAAGCGCAGCCGAGGCUGGUGCUUCAUUAGAGUCACUUGCUAAAGGUGCUGUGCAGUUUUCCCGUCGAUUUACUAUUCAAGAAUUGCACGAAAGAUGGAAGUCUCUUCUAUACGAUUCAGUUGUUUCAGAACAGGCAUCAGUCAACAUGCUCCAAUUUGAACGUUCUUUUUCACAGCCAUCGAAGCAUAAUAAUAGCAGCUUUGACAAUGACAAUAAAGACAUCAAUGUAUCUGUUUUGGGGAAGAGACAAACCGAGAGUGUCAAAAGCUGCUAUUAUUCCAUGCGAAAGAGAAUCCGCAAUGAAACAUUCCUUCCUUCCAUGGAUAUGGAUUUUGUUACUGGCUGUUCUGGUAAUCAAAGUAGUAGUAGUAAUAGUAAUAGGAAUUGUAAUGCUUGUGAUCCUCCUCCACUACCGCUAGAUUCUUCAUUGUUUGGAAUUUCAUUGACAGAUCAAUUUGGUGAGUUUGAAGUCCAACUAUUACAUUCACCGUUUGGAUAUUCACCUUCGUCUGAGAUGCCUCCACACUGUAAUAUGGGAAAUGAUUUCAUGCUUCCUGUUGAUGAUGGAGUUAUUAUCCCAUCAGAACCUUGCAAAAUGGAGGAUCAGAUGGGAAUUUCCACUCCUAGCACUGAUGAUCUCUUAGCACAAAUAGAUUCCAUCCUCAACUCCACGAGUGACGAUGAUAUGUUCCCAAAAGAUAAUAUAAAAAACGAAUCUUAUUUGGACACUUACGGGUCACUUCUGUUGGACUUUCCAAACAAUGGAGGAGAAGCAGAAAAUGAAGAGAAUAUUGUAUUACCAUCCAUGGAACAAUCAUCAUCUCACAAAUCUCAGUAUCAUCAUUACGGUGGUGAUCAAAUGCUAAUAUCAUCGGCUCUGAGUGUCAAUCCCGCAUGUCCGGAGCUGCGUAACGGGGUAAUAUGCUGUACCUUAAACACAGAGGAUCCGGAUAUCCCUAGCAACGAUGACGUUUUCCUUCCCGUCCUGAUUCCAUCAACACCUUUACCCUCUGCUAUACUGUGCAAAUAUGACGAGACUUACCGUCCGGUGUUAAAAAGUGCUCCGGAUAUCCAAACAAACAACAACGGAUGGUCUUACUCGAAGAAGAUUGACAGAAGUAAUGUGGUGGUACCCAAUAAUGGCCUAAUAGUUUUACCUAUUAGGGACACCUGGAAUGCGGUAACGAGCAACACAAGCUUGAAUGAAGGUCCUAAAGUAGUGAUUUCACCGGGAAGAAUAACCUGUACUAAUACAAUGUGUGACCUACCUGUAGUGGAAGGAAGUGAUCACACAAAGAAGACUGUUACCAUCCAAAGGGAAUUAGGAGGUUCCAAGGAUACUCCACAAAGGCAGGAAUUUGGCUGUCCUCAUGAUCAGAGUGCAAAAAAGUCAAUGUUAGAUCAGGAAGCAAUGCCCGAUGAUCAUAGUGAUGAGGAAAUACCUUUUUUUUCAGAUGUUGAGACAUUGAUUCUGGAUAUGGACCUGAGCCCUGAUGACAAAGACAUCUCCUUUAAUAAGAAAGUUGUAAAAUAUCAACACCACCAGGCUAAGAAAACUAUCAUGAGACUGGAGCAGGCAGCUAAUGCUCAUAUGCAAAGAUUUAUUGCGUCUCGAGGAGCGUUUGGUGUUUUGUAUGGUCGCCAUUCAAACCAUUUUAUUAAAAAACCAGAGGUUUUGGUUGGGAGGGGAACUGCAGACACAGAAGUUGAUAUUGAUUUGAGCCGAGAAUGUCGUGGUGGUAAUAAAGUUUCCCGGCGGCAGGCAAUCAUGAAGAUCAACAUGGAUGGGACUUUCGUAUUGCAAAAUGUUAGCAAAUACUCGAUUCAUAUGAAUGGGAAAGAAAUAGCACCCCUCCAAAGUGUACAUCUUACAGCAAGUUCUUUGAUUGAGAUAAGGGGAAUGUCAUUUGUAUUUGAGAUGAACCUGAACCGAGUAAAGCAGUUUCUUGAAGACAUAGUCAGGGAAAAUGAAGUUUGAAAAACUGCUCAUUAGGUCCCUGAAGUGCCGAAGUUUUUCGACGCGCUUUAAAUAAAACAGUUAAGUUUUCUUAUUUAUUUUCCCCCUCUAAUCUGUAUAGAUAGGAGUUCUCUGUGCAUCAGUAGGAGAAUGUUUUCUACAUUUUUCUUCUUCCAUUCCACCUUUCCGUUUACUAAUCAAUAUGCAGUUAUCCUGUGAAUAUAUCAAGUGGCAAUAUUACCAAACAGAAAAAGAGAAAGCAUCUGAUUGUUAUUUUUAGGUCGGUUCGGCAGACUGAUAGAAGUUAGAAGUUAUUUAGGAGGCUGUUGAAUUCUAGGCAUCAGUGUGUAUAGAUUUUAAUGGAUAAUACACGUCUUGUUUUAUGACCUUUUAGUCUUAUAUUUUCUCUAUCUCGUUAAGAUUGUCUCAUCUGUCUUUUUCAGUCCAGUCCACUAAGAUGGUCACAUAUCCAAUUUGAUAAAGUUUGUGGGAUUUUAA